GAAUAGACCUGGGAUUUGUAUUGCGGAUUCAUUUCAUUAUUUUUCGACUUGCUUUGAGAUGCACAGGUUAUUUGGAAGAAAGCCAGCAGCUGGAACGAGCCCUUCAUUAACAGAUGCAAUUGACUCGCUCGAUAAACGAAGCGAUUCACUUGAGGUGAAGAUCUCAAAAUUAGACUCCCAAUUGUCUGUAUUUCAACAAAAGAUUGCAAAUACUCGGCCUGGGCCAGGACAAACUACUUUGAAACAACGCGCUAUGGGUGUAUUACGACAAAAGAAAAUGUAUGAGGCUCAAUUACAACAAUUGCAACAACAGUCUUUUAAUAUGGAGCAAGCGGCCAUGACAACCGAGUCUAUGAAGAAUACCAUGACCACUGUUCAAACGAUGCAGGAUACAGCUCGACAGAUGAAGGCGCAAAGUAAAAGUCUGUCCAUAGAAAAAAUUGAAAAGCUGCAGGAUCAAAUUCAAGAUUACAUGGAUACGGCAGAUGAAUUCAACGACGUUCUUGGGCAAAACAUGGCGAAUGUGGAUGUAGAUGAAGAAGAACUGGAUGCGGAAUUAGAAGCUUUACAACAGGAAGCUUCGUUAAACGGAGACCAAAUAACGCAAGAUCAACCUAGUUAUUUACAGCCAUCGAAGGAGAUUCCGAAUUUCGUCGACGAAGAACAAUUGGAAGCUCCAAAUACUGCUCAGUGAAAAGCAGUGGAAAAGUGUUAUGAUAUUCUAUUCCUUCAUUUAAGCGCGGACUCAUUUUCAAUUCUUACGACACAAAAAUGAUAAUUUAAUAAAAAAUACGAUAAAGAGAGAAACAAACGUAUCUUUAAUAUGGUAUGAAUAAGAAUGUAGUUAUGGCUUUUGUGCAGAUAGCAUGUAGUUGCAUAAAGGGGGCAAGCAACUAUCACCCGGCUUUGCAAGGAUCCAUUUGGACUGAAGAGGAUGAUACAUUACCCCACGGACAUCAUUUACUUUCCAAUGGUGUUCACGGAAGAAUUCUGCCAGCUCUUCUGGGCGAAUAUAUUUUUGAUAAUCAUGAGUUCCGUCGGGGACAAUUCCGAGUACUUUUUCAGCUAAAAAGAUCGUCAAAACCCGAGCCAUGAAGGUCCGCGAAAUGGUAGAUAGCAUCAAAUAGCCAUUGGGCUUGACCAGGUUCAUUAAAGAUUCUAAAAAGUCUCGGGGAUUCGUAACAUGCUCUACUACUUCCAUGCAAGUAACAAUAUUAAACUGCUUAUCGAAAUUCUGUUUUUCAAUGGGUCCAUGGAUGUACUUGAGACGAUCGCGGAUCUUAGGGUCCUUUUCCGAAUGAUCUUUUGCUACAUCUAAUGCUUUUUUUGACGCAUCUACACCUGUAACAUUCGCACCCAGACGAGCCAUACUUUCGCUAAGGAUCCCUCCUCCACAUCCAAUAUCAAGAACCUGUUUUCCAGCAAAAGGGGUUUUCUCGCGUAUGAUUUGAGACAUAAAGUCGAUGCGAGUGGGAUUCAUUAAAUGCAACAGUCGACUCUCACCAUCCCAAUCCCACCAAGUUUUCGCCAAUGCAUCAAAAUGUUGGAUUUCUUGAUUCGACACUGUAUGGUUCCUCUGUUGCGACAAGGAGCCCAGCAGACCCCGCUCAAAGCUUUUGUAUCCUGAUCGUAAAAGAUUAUACUUCAUCAUCAUCGUAUACUUACUUCAUUUCCUUUUAGCAAUUUACCUACUGAUUGUUGCACUUUGUUGUAUCAUUUUCCUUCUCCUUAGAAGAAUCA